AUGACGUGGGUGUCAAGUCCGCGGACUCAGCCUCCGAUGUGGGCUCCCCUGAAGCCGUGUGUGACCAACAUAUUCCUAGUGAACCUCUCUGUGGCGGACCUGCUAGUGACAUUGUUCUGCAUGCCGGUGCAGAUCGCGAAGGCGGUCACCGUGCUCUGGUACUUCGGCGAGGUCAUGUGCAAGACUCUCAACUUCUUGCAAGGAGUAGCUGUAGCAUCAAGCGUCUUCACGAUCACUGCCAUGUCGGUGGACCGAUACUUGGCCAUCACGCAGUCCCUGAGGCAGCCGUGGAUGCCGUCGAGGCGUGGCGCAUGCGCACUCCUCGCCGCCCUCUGGCUCGUGGCGUUUGCAAUCUUCGCCCCACUGCUAGCAGUGGCGGCUGUGGAGCGAGAACGAGUCCCCCUACUGUCUCGCACAAGGAAUGGAUCGACAGCUACAUCAGGUAAACGACCUGAUCAUCUGCAGUCGUUUCUCAAUAACAUAAAGAAAAAAGAACUUGUCCCGUCGCGAAAGGCAAAACUAUUCCUUAAGAGCCAAGCCACGAAGUCGCCGCCGAAGCGGUACCGCGAGCGGUUUUAUGUCAGCAGCGACGAGAGAGCGAGACACAUAUACGGGAGAAUGGGAGGCUAUACCUGA